GUGUCAGGGAGCAGUGAUGUCCACAAACAGAAUUGUGUUUGGUUGUUUGUCUCACACCAGAAAUGCAAGUCUGAGGACCUGAUUUCCGGCCUGGCCAGGUCCAGUGCAGACGCAGUGUUGAAGUUUGAGCCCUUUGUUCUCCAUGUUCAGUGUCGGCAGCUGGAGGAUGCUCAGCUGGUGCACUCAGUGGCCAUUAACUCAGGCUUCAGAAACUCUGGUCUUACUGUCAGCAAGACGGGAAAGAUCCUCACGGCGGUCCGUAGCACCCACGGUCUGGAGGUUCCUCUCAGCAGUAAAGGGAAGCUCCUGGUUGACCACGACUACAUCCAUUUCAUAACAAAUAUUGCAAACAAAAAGAUGGAGGAGAAUCUUAGACGGAUACAAAGGUUUCAUCAGAAUCUCCAGUCAGCCCUGUCCAGAGAUCAAAUCAAAGAACUACAAACUCCUGAUACUGAAAUCUCACAGGAACUACAAGAUCAUCUUCACACAGUGGAGGCAGAGGAGGAGGGGGGAGAAAAACAAAAGGAAGAGAAGCAAACAACUGUUUAUAAACGGAGGCGGAAGAGAGAGCAGCACUGUCAGACUGAUUGUUGCCAUGGUGACGGGUCUAGCAGUGCACCAGAUUUGGAGGACUGUCUUGAUCUGUUCACAUAAACCAGCGGCUGCACAAACAUGCUUCUUCCAUCACUGGCAGGGUAAAAGUGUUGCUCUUUUUAUCACUGAUUUAUUGUUAAAAAAACGGAGGCCUGUGUCAAAUACAGAAAACCAAACUGCUUUGCAGGUUGAAGUCGUGUGUAAGAUUAAAAUAAGUUGAAAAGACAUUCCACACACUACUCUUGCUCAGUAUCACCAAUUUAAUAGCAAAAUCACAACGUUUAGAAUGUCCGACGUGUAGAAACAGACUCCUAAAAGAGCGUUCAGUCAGGUGAGUUUCAGCGCUCACAUCACUCAUGUCAUGUUAUAAUAAUAAUAAAGAUCAUAAAAGCACAGCUUAUUUACAAUCUAUCAUGAAUAAGAACAUUAAUUAUAUUGCAAAAAGUCACACAUCUAUUGAAAGAAAACAUGAUUCUUCCUGGUAUGAAUGGCAUCUCCUUUUAUUUAUUAUUUUGAUAAAUAUUGUGACAAUAAAACUGACAUUUCACUGUAACUACA